AUGUCUAUGAGUAAAGACGACGAAUAUGACUAUCUCUUCAAAGUUGUAUUGAUUGGAGACUCGGGCGUUGGCAAGUCAAACUUGCUCUCCCGUUUCACGCGUAAUGAGUUCAAUUUGGAAUCCAAGUCUACUAUCGGCGUUGAGUUUGCUACAAGAAGUAUCCAAGUAGAUAACAAAACCAUCAAAGCUCAAAUUUGGGAUACCGCUGGUCAGGAACGUUAUAGAGCUAUCACAAGCGCUUACUAUCGUGGUGCAGUCGGAGCCUUACUUGUUUACGAUAUUGCCAAACAUGUGACAUACGAUAAUGUUACUCGAUGGCUUAAAGAGCUGAGAGAUCAUGCUGACAGCAAUAUCGUUAUAAUGCUCGUUGGCAACAAAAGUGAUCUAAGACACCUCAGAGCAGUAACCACUGAAGAGGCGAAGCAGUUCGCAGCCGAGAAUAACCUAUCUUUUAUUGAGACCUCUGCGUUGGAUGCCAGUAACGUAGAAUUAGCUUUUCAAAACAUUCUGACAGAAAUAUACCGUAUCGUUUCUAACAAAGCUUUGGAGAACAGCAGCGGAGAUUUCCCUAGACCAACUUCUGGUGAAACCAUUCACGUAACUCCUUUACCUGACGACCAUAAAGAGGCCGGGGGAAAGUGCUGCUAG